AAACUCCCCUUCUCUGUUAACGUAGUCCUGCCCUUUCAUUAUUCAUGCACGGCUGCAUUUACGCCACAGCGCCCCCAUUAGGCCACACACUGGAGACGCAUGCUUUUUCACAGUGGACUCAUGCUAUAUUUAAAGCUCAACCUCAGCAAGGCUUGACCCAUAUGGUGGUGUGUUGACCUUCAUUCAUAGAACCUGGGUUACCUACGUAACCCUUCGUUCUGUGGUCUAGCAAGAUACGUGCCUCAGUAAUACCUCAGUACUCCGAAGCUCAUGCUGAACGGAUGCAUCCAGGCAGUUUCGGUGAUUGGAAUGGAAUGACUACCUACCAUAAUUUAUGAAUCCUACCCUGAAAAUGCAAUUCACUGAAGUGUCACUGAACACAUAAAGAGAAAAGCUGGAAUCCAGGAGCUGAAAGAGCUGCAGAGAGACACUGAUAAACAAAAGGACAGCGACUUUUGUUCCAUCUGAACGAAGAAGACAGAGACAUUAAUUUAUUUUGAACCAAAAGUAAAGAGAUAUCGCUGCCAUCUGAACCAAGAUAGAGAGACAUUUGGUGCCAUCUGAACAAACAUUAGAGUGGCAGCUGUGAAAUCUGAAUAGAGAUACUGAAUUGAGCCUCAGUUACUUUGGGAGGUAGUGAAAGGACAAGCCCAUGGCUGCCAUGGACCUGCAAUGCCGGCUAGAGCACGGCGAAGGGAGGUGGGGUCGGGAGGACGCUACGCUGCUGGAGCGCUUUGAUGCAGAGAGGAAAGAGUGGGAGAGCCAGCUCAGGGACAUGCAGAAGAACAUAGAGGAGCUGUAUAAUGAGGUGAAGGCUCGUCGAGAAGGAAACACUACUGGGCUGGACAGAAGUACACAGGACUGCGUUCAUACCAACUCUGACAAAAAUGAACCUGCUCCUCCCAAUCAUCAUUGCAAUGGAUACUUCCACCCUCCAAAUCACAAAAGCAAUGGUAUCAACAGCCAUCCUACUCACCAUAGCAAUGGCUGCAGUCGCCCUGAAGACCACUAUAGCCAUAGCAGGAGGGACUCAGCGGAAGUGGAGCUGGAGGAUAUUCUGCACAGCUGUUUGGGACAGGGGUUGAACGCUUCCAUCCAGCCACAUCAUGUGUGCGACUACGAAGAGAGACCGAACCCUGGUGCAGUCAACUCUGCUCUGAAAGAUAUCGCCAGAGUGAGCGAGGAUCUUUGCAGCUAUCAGAAUGUGAUCAGGAAACAAUCAGGUGACAAGAGGAAUGAUGCACAGGAAGUGGAGAAUGAGAAGAACAAACAGCCUGACUGGGGGAACCACUGGGGUGAAACAGCAAGCAGGGGCUCAAAUAAGGCAGACGUGGGGGUCAAACCCUCCUCAUGGAAGACAGAGGCCCCUCCCAUUCCUCCUCGCACCACUUCCUGGUACCCGAACAGUUCAAAUUCUCCAGAGCCACAACUUCCUGUUCAGGAAUUCUUCACUAACAGGAAGUGUCACAGCCCCUGUGUCCUCACAGACAGGAAGUGCACCAGCCCUUCAGUGCUGAGAAAGUUUGAAGCCAUGCUGCAGGAGAAUGAGGGAAAGACUCUGACAGACUCUGGGGUCUAUAUAGUGCCUGUAGAUUCUAAGUGCAAUACUGGGUCCUGCAGGGUUGGAAACACUAAGUCAUCCGCAUUUGUGCCUGUCCAAAAAUGGCUUCCUGAGGCCAGUACAUUGGCAGCAGAGAAAGACUGUAGAGCGGAUUGUAGAUCCGCAGACAGCCAAAAGUUCCCCAGGAGCCAGUUUCAGCCAAUGGACAGAGAGACUGAGGGGAAGAGUAUGCCCAUGGAUGUCAGGGGCCCAUGGAGAAGCCCAGGUUUCCAGGAGGAGAAUGUGAAAGUGUGUGAGAUGGGAGGCAGACCCAAAGGUGUUAACUCUUAUCGUACAGUGCAGUCUGUGGAGAACAUUGAGGAAAGGAAACCCAUGGGUUCAUCCAGAUUUCAUGCUGUGAAUGAAAAAACUUGCAGGCCAAUGGUUCCUGCUACUCAUGCUCAGUCCCCAGAUUUCUGGAACAACUGCAGAGAGGAGGAGCCCAACCUUAGGGCAUAUGACUGUUCUAACAGUAGGGUCCCACAGGGUCAGAAAUGGGGUCCAAAUGGCUUGGAACAACAUGAUGACCUCAUUGAGCUUCUGGGCAUGCUGGGGAUAGAGCACCAAUACCAGACUGCCAAGACACACCCACAGGCACCCUGUCAGCAGGAAACGUCGCAGGAGAGCCAAAGGUCCUCCGUCUCUGUGAAGAAGAGCUUUUCUCGACCUGCCCGUCCUGCAAACCGACGCCCUCCAUCCCGGUGGGCCAGCCAAGUGCCCCCUGCCCCUGUCACUCGUGUGACCCCAUUCGUGGAACCAGCUAAGAAACAAACUACGAGCCCCUACUCAUGCCAAAUUGAAACCAUUAUCAUUGCUUUAACUCCACUGAACAGUGUCUGGACACCGCAUAUUUCAAGAACGCAUUACAUUCAAGAAGAUUUACACAACCCAACACUGAGGGCUCAUUCCAAUCCCUUAUUUUUGUCUUUUUCUUUUCUCCUUUUCUUGCCCCUAGCUCCCCCCAUCGGGAGAAAUUUAAAAAAUGUCAGUUACAGGUGUGGGAGACAGAGAAAGUUGGAUCCACAGAUUGAUCAUUUAUACGUCAGGCUUCCUGAAAAAAAAAACUUCUGCAAAGAAUCAACAAAGAAUUUCCUUCUGCAAAGGAGUUCCAAACUUCUACUUCUAGCUCCAUUUGAGGGUUUGGAAUGUCCUUAAUGAUGGCGGACCUUCCCAGGUCAGGAGCAAGGACAGGAAAAAAGUGGAGAAAAAUAAGCAAUUGCAAUGAGCCCUGAGUCUCCAGUGUUUUUGUGGCCUACUGAUCUCAUUUGCUAAACCCAGUCUUGACUUUCUACAAGUUUUUCUUCCUGGCAGCUGUGUUCCAGAAGUAUCAUGGUUCUGAGCAUGGCUCCAGAGUGGUGGAUGCAUGUGUCUUUGAUUGAGUAUAUCAGAUGUAUAGGUCAUGGUUAUUAACAAAGAGUUGUUCUGUUAUGAUUAGAAGCAUUAUUAAAUGUGGUAUGUGAUAUCUGGCAAACAAGUUUUAAACAAGUUGAGUGAACUUAAACAUUGAAUUGAUGUAAAGGAAUUCAUGCAUUUUCUUCUUUGAGUUGAUAUGUAUUUCACUAUACAGUAUGUUACCACGUAUACUGUGGUGUAUAUGCUUGAAUUGUGGUUUAAAGAGCUGAACCUGGAACAACAUUCAUUUUCAGGGAUUCUUAGGCAAUUUUAGUUAGAUUUAUUACUCUACAGCACUCUUUGCAUAGCUUAUUGAAGUAUUCUCCUGUAUAAUCAGAUUAUGUAUGUAUUAAAUAGGAUCUACUGUAUAUAAAGAAUGUUUGUCUGAAUGUUAAGAAGUGAACAGCCAUGGCAACCAACUGCUGUAUAUGAAUGGAGAAAUCAUUUAUAAGGGACAGGAGACAUAUCUGCAGUGUGUGCACAUUUACAGCCCGCCACUUUAUUGCCUUUGUGGAUGGUUCAUUUUAUUGCAUUGCUGUGGUACCAUGUAAGAAUGAACCUGUAUAUUGUUUACAAUAAUGUAAACAGGUUUCAAAGUAUUUGUUGACUUCUUUUGAAAAAGGUUGUGUUAUUUAUUAAAAUGGUUUUUGAUUA